AUGGAAAACCGAACACUUUUGUGGUCUGCCUAUUUCUUUAGCAGAGUAGUCUGCGUUAAAAAUUGGCAAACGCCAUCGUAUACGCAGCAUUUGGUCGCUAUCGCUCCCAUGCUUUGUAUUGACAUUUUUCCCAAUUUUUGGAUUUGUUGGUUUAGUUUAACGAAUAUAAAUGGAAUCUGGCAUAAUGAUUCUAACACAAAUCCUGGAAGACCCGUAACAACUAGUCAUUUUGGUUAUAUUAGCAACCUAUAUCAAAUUGCAUUAUUUGAUAAACAUGAUAAACUGAUAAAUUAUUAUAUUACUGUUGAUGAAAAUGAUCAAAAUUUGAUCAAAAAACAUAAAUGGUAUCUCACAAAUGAGAUUGUAGUAAAUGAGAAUGGUGUUGCCUUAACAGAAUUUCUUAUCAACGAUUCAAUAAAUGAUGAUGAUAAAAGUAUUUUCAAAGUUGUGAAUAAAGAUUAUUCUAUUCAAGAAUCACAGAUUUAUGCUUUAAUCAUAGAAAUUGAAAAUUUUAGUAUUUUUGAUAAACCAUUAAAUAUUUUUACUA